GGAGACAUUGGCUGUCAGUCGCCACCAACACCAGGUUCCCCCCAUUUCUUUGACUCGAAACGUCACGAGCACUACCAAGGGCCACAAACGAGCCAGCCUCUGCAAGUGCAGCUUCAGCUAAGUUCCCAGGAAGAGAGAAACCAUAAAUUCCCAGAGACCAAGCCGUGAUCUUGCUGAAGCAAGUGAGCAGCAAGCUUGGUUGAGUUCAAUGGAGGCUGCGGCGAGGGAAGCAUGGUGGCUGCCGUGCGUGACCACGGUGGCGUCCUGCGUCGCCGGCGUCUUCUUCCUUCUCUACUUCUACGCGCCCUAUUGGGGAUUCAGGGGAGUGCCGGGGCCGCCCGCCUUGCCCGUCGUGGGGCACCUGCUGCUUCUCGCCCGGCACGGGCCCGACGUCUUCUGCCUCCUCGCCAAGAAAUACGGCCCGAUCUUCAGGUUCCACUUGGGGAGGCAGCCUCUGGUGAUCGUCGCUGACCCGGAGCUCUGCAGGGAGGUUGGCGUCCGGCAGUUCAAGAGCAUCCCCAACAGGAGCUUGCCGGCGCCCAUCGCCGGCUCACCUCUCCACCAGAAGGGGCUCUUCUUCACUAGGGAUGCGAGGUGGUCGGCGAUGAGGAACACGAUCAUCUCGCUGUACCAGCCGUCGCACCUCGCCGGCCUCAUCCCCACCAUGCAGCGCUGCGUCGAGCGCGCCGCGGAUGCCAUACCGGAGUCAGCCGAUCGGGAGCACGGCGACGUCGACUUAUCCGACCUCUCCCUCAAGCUGGCCACGGACAUCAUCGGGCAGGCGGCGUUCGGCGUCGACUUCGGCCUCACGGUGACGGGCGCACACGGCGCCGGCGGCGAGGCCGCGGAGUUCAUCAGGGAGCACGUCCACUCCACCACCUCCCUCAGGAUGGACCUUUCCGCGCCCCUCUCCGUCGUGCUCGGCCUCGUCGCGCCGGCGCUGCAGGGGCCGGCACGGCGGCUGCUGAGCCGGGUCCCGAGGACGGCGGACUGGAGGGUCGCGCGGACCAACAAGUGGCUGCGCGCGAGGGUGGACGAGAUCGUGGCGGCGCGGGCACGCCACCGCGACGGCGAAGGGAGGCAGAGCAGGAAGGACUUCCUGUCCGCGGUGCUCGAAGCCCGGGACCGCAGCGCGGCGCUGCGUGACCUGCUCACGCCAGACCACGUGAGCGCGCUCACCUACGAGCACCUCCUCGCCGGGUCGGCCACCACGGCGUUCACGCUGUCCUCCGCCUUGUACCUCGUCGCCGGCCACCCGGAGGUCGAGGCGAGGCUGCUGGCGGAGGUCGACCGGUUCGGCCCGCGCGGCGCCGUUCCGACCGCCGACGACCUGCAGCACAGGUUCCUCUACCUUGAUCAGGUCAUGAAGGAGGCGAUGAGAUUUUACACGGUCUCGCCACUGAUCGCAAGGGUGACGUCUCAACAAGUAGAGGUUGGAGGCUACACGCUCCCAAAGGGCACGUGGCUGUGGAUGGCGCCGGGGGCUCUAGCCCACGACGCGGCCAGCUUCCGGGACCCCGGCGCGUUCCGGCCGGAGCGGUUCGACCCGGCGUGCGAGGAGCGGCGGCGGCGGCACCCGUUCGCGCACAUCCCGUUCGGCGUCGGGCCCAGAGCGUGCGUGGGGCAGCGGUUCGCGCUGCAGGAGGUGAAGCUGUCCAUGGUGCACCUCUACCAGCGCUUCGUCUUCCGGCGGUCGCCGCGGAUGGAGUCGCCGCCCGAGCUCCAGUUCGGGAUCGUGCUCAGCUUCAGGCGCGGAGUCAAGCUCGUCGCUAUCGAGCGGCGCGCCGCCGCCGCCGCCUAGGCUCGUGCGUGGAUGGUUGUUGGUUGACGGCAAGCCCCACUGUUCGAAGGUGUAGUCGAUCAUUUGUUACGACGGGAACCUCGGCAAGAUUAGAUUAGAUUCACGGGAAACUUGGCGCUUCCGUGCUUGAAAUUACAGGAAUGCUUUUCCUGUCCGGAUUCGGAUCGCUUGACUUCACAUCUUUUAGCAUUCGGAUCGUCCAUGGCUUCACGCCCUUGUGAAGUUAGAGGGAACAACUUGUAAGUGGAGAUAUAGUAACUUACAGUCAGUUACUGUAGUAUCAAAUAUUAUCUAUUUUCAAACCACAUUGACUUCAAUUCCAAGUCGGAGGAUCUCAAUUAUUUCCUUUGUGGGUGUGGGACUCGCCUGCUGCACUGGCAGAUAGGAAUCCGAGGGGGAAGAGGCAUCCUCGGAGCUAGAUCAGAGCCAUUGGAUCCGUCGUGAUCGACAACUCAGAUGCGAAGGCGGAACUCGGCAUUCCAUCGCAACCGUCGGUUUCUUCUCUAGAGCUGCAUUUUCAGUUUUUCACGGCUUCAAAGACAGAACAUUACUGUGUUGAAUCGUACAAACAGCAUGAAUUACCUGAUAAAAUGGUUUACCGUGCUUCCUCGCUCAAAAAAAAAAAAAGGUUUAUCACGCUGUCGAGGUAUUCAAAUUGCUACAUCACUUGUUAGGGAAAAUGGGAUCAAUAGUUAGGAAACAAGAACACUAGGAAGUACGCACUUAUCUAUGUGCAAACACAAAUAUUUGAAAGUGCCUAGACCUAUCCAUUUUAAGAGUCCAAUGUACAAUUAUGCCUCGGUGUACAAGAAUAUCCAUGUAAUAACCUUACGGCACAAAUUGGUGAACCUAAGUACCCAUCGACCCUCUUUAAUUCAACUAAUAA